CAAUCUCUCACUCUCAAUCUUCAUAAUUUUAAUUUUUCUAAGCCUCAACCACAUUACUCGUUUAUAAGUCUACAACACUAUGUAGACCAGAACUGUCUGGAGUGUCUCCUUCAUUAUAGAAGUCAGAAAUCCAAGUAUCUAGCUAUCUAAUAGAUUAAGCUAGUCAAGACCGUAGAACAAGUCUUGCUUUGAAUUUAUAAGAUAGUUGGGAGUUAGUAUGAAGCUCAGUAGCUAUAAAACCAAUGCAGAAGAACUAACCAAAUGUCACAGGCUACAUGUAUACUUCUUUUUUAUUAUCUUAAUGUUUCAAUUUCUAGUAGUAGUACAUUCAGUCAUUCGAGAUUUCUAGGCUUCUGCCUUGUUUAAGUAAUUAUUUAGGAUUAUGAGGGAUGAAAAGAGAGAUGACUUGUUUGGUAGAUUACCAAAUGAGAUCAUUUGCCAUAUCAUUUCUUUUCUUUCAUUAGAAUCUGCAUUAGAAACUAGUUAUAUUUCAAGUAGGUGGAGAGGUCUAUGGAACACAUCUUUAGUUCAACAUGUAGCCAUAGAUGAAGUUCCUGAUGCAAUUUCUAAGUUCCUAUCCCAUAUUGAUAAACUCAAUCCCUUAAGGCAUCCGAGAAGGCUAGAAUUACACUUCGGUGAAGGUAGUGAUAUUCUCAUAGCAAGCACUGCACAAAACAAUAAACUUCAUCUGGAUUUUUCUACAGGGAAGAAGGAGGAGUACCCUCUAAGGCAGUUUGAUUUACAGUUGCAGCUCAAAUAUAACCAAAAUGUCCAAAGCCUUGUAGCUCACCAUCAACCUUGUUCUUCUACUUUCUAUGUCAAAACUCUACAUAUAAAAGCAGUAACCAAUGUUGCCAAUGAGGUACUUUCUUCUAUGUUUUCGAGUUUCCAGUUUCUUGAAAAUUUGAAGAUCAUUGAAUGUGAUGGUUUACAAAGUGUGCAUAUUGAGUCCAGUCCAAAGCUACUCAGCUUAACCAUCUUAGACUGUCAGCACCUGGAGUCUCUCCACCUCAGAACCUCUAAGCUUCAAUCCUUUCAUUAUCGAGGAUUCCUCCCUCUAAUUUGGCCAGAACAUCAUUUCAACCUGGUAGAUGCCAUGCUUGAUUUCAAACUAGGCCCCAGCAAUACCGGUUUCCGCAGUAGCGACUUUGAUCCAUUGUUGUUAACCAUUAAAAAUGCACGGGUCCUUACACUACGCAGAUGGACUUUUCAGACACUGAUCUGGCCAUUGAUUGCGUCUCUAAAACAAAAUUUUGUGUUCUAUAAACUGGAAGAGUUAUGGUGGAUUGACAAUGAGGAGGAAAGUUAUAACACAGAUGCAUUAAUCUCCUUUCUGAAACUGUCUCCUGUUUUGGAAAGACUCUUUGUAACUAAUGAUCCUGAAAGCUACUGCAUAACAAGCUCAACUCCAACCUCGAAGAUAGUUAAAAGCCACACAACAUUGGGUUGUCUCAAAGUGAUUAAGAUGGUAGAGCUUGUCAAUGACUUGAGUACACAACAAGCUCACAUCCAAUCAUAGUUGGUAUUAUCUUCUCAAAAAAUAAAAUCAUAGUUGGUAUUAAAUUAUUCGUUUUCAUAUGAUUUUGGUGAAUUUGUAAAUAUAUAAUCAAGUCAAAUGUCAAGUUAUAGUGACAAGUUAUUUCAGAUUUACAACAUAUAUAGUCGGUGUUAUUGCUCUGGUAGGUAGACUAGCUUUCGUAUAUCAAUGUUGAGUAUAAUAAUUUGUUCACGUUUAUAUAUCAUUCAAGUUACUCUUUCGGAUUAGUUGAUCUUUAAGAUCCCAUGUGGAUUAGAAGAAGGAAAAAAAAAAGUGCAAGAUCCUAUCACCCGGCCCUAUGGAUGAUUUGUUUCUUCUUCCGUCACGUUAUGGAUGUUCCAUUUUCUCUCCUCAUUUUAUGGAUCCUAAAAAAGAAGAAAAAGUAGAGUGAUACUGAAGAUCCUAACUAUAUAUAUAAAAAAAAAGACUAUUGAUCGAGGUUUGUUUCUCCAGAGACUAAGGAACUUUGUGUCCCAAUAACUGAGAAAUUUUUGUAUGUUACCGUAGUACCACGUAACAAUAUCUAGUUGUACUUAUUACUUAUUAUAUUUCAACACGUGUGUAAUAAUCCCAUUUUUUCUCCCCCUCUCUCCGCACCCGCGCCUUUAGAGGCGAAAGUUUCCUUCCG